AUGCGGAGUGCAAACACGCUGGAUCAACAUUCACCUGCUCUUGCACGGCUGGAUUUACAGGAGAUCUAUGUGACAAGGAACGGAGGGACUUGUAGUUUGACUUCUAACGGAACGGACUACUCGUGUACCUGUGCACCGAGUUUUACUGGAAAGAACUGUACAACUGACAUCGAUGAAUGUUCCGACCCGAAAUUAUGCAAAAACGGUGGUUUGUGCCAGAAUAAAGAAGGGGGAUACACGUGCAAUUGCACCUCCUCCUUCUCAGGAAAGAAUUGCGAAUUUGCUUGUAGCUACCAGAAAGUGAACCUCGCAUUUGUCGUCGAUGGAUCAGCUAGUGUUGAAUUACAGGGAGCUGGUAACUUCGGCAAGCUGAAAGAGUUUGUCAAGAGACUCGUUGGCUCAUUCAAGAUAAGCACCGACGAUGCACACAUUGCGCUAGUGAUGUACUCAACAACCGCCAAGGCAGAGUUUACUUUAAACAAGUUCUCCAGCGUUUCAGAUGUGCUUGCGGCGAUAGACGCGUUGACAUACCCAUCAGGGUCUUCUUAUACUGGCAAAGCGCUUGAGAUGACCAAGACUGAGAUCUUUGACAAAGCCCCAAGGAAAGAUGCACUGAAUACUGUGAUUGUGAUAACUGAUGGUGAAUCGCAAGACUCAGUGUCAAGUACAGCUAAAGUUUUACGCGAUUCUGGUGUAACGGUUAUAAGUGUCGGUGUGGGCUGCUGUUCGCCUAAGAAAACACUUGAAGAAAUGGCGUCUAGUCCAGAAUAUGUGUUUACAAGUGCGUUUGAUGAUCUAGCUUUGAUUGAAGAGAACAUCAGGGAGAAGAUAUGUUUGGGUAAGUUCAUAGGUCUUUCUUUGAGCCCUUACUACGCCCAUUUAUGUUUGUUGCCGGUAUAUAUUACUCAGAAAAUUAUAUCCACAUUUUCUUUUCUUUCAGUUGUUGACAAGUGUGCUACCAAUCCUUGCAAGAACAGUGGGACUUGUACUAGCGUCUACUCAGACUUCAAUUGUACUUGUUCGAGUGGCUUUCAAGGGAAAGACUGCUCUCUUGAUGUAGAUGAAUGUAAAUCUUCACCAUGCAACAAAAACCAGAACUGCAUCAACUCGUUCGGAUCAUUCACCUGUGUCUGUAAAGACGGCUUCAAAGGAGACAACUGCGAAACAGAUAUCGACGAGUGUCUAAACUUGCCUUGCAAACACGGAGGCACAUGCAACAACAAAGGCGGGUCCUACUCCUGUGAAUGCUCAACUGGUUAUGUCGGCAAAAAUUGUAAACAAAAUUUCACCGAUCCUACACUGGACGUUUUGUUUCUGUUGGAUGGCGCAAGUGAGGUCGGAGCUGACACUUUCUUAAAAUUCAUUAACUUCACCAAAAAGUUUAUCGAGCCAUUCACGAUUUCGGAAAACAAAACAAACGUUGCAGCGGGUGUGUUUGCCGAUGUUGGCAAGAUAGAGUUCCUGUUCACAGAGAAUUACGAUAAACCAUCGGUGUUGGCUGCUCUAGAUGGCAUUGCUUAUCCCAACAAGAAUGCUAGAAAUCUGUCUGACGCAAUGAUAAAGGCUAAGGAUGAGGCAUUCACGAAAGAUCGUGAUUCUGCACCGGAUAUUGUGGUCAUUCUGACGGACAAAAUAACAGAAAACGUGACGUUCCCCGCCAAAGCGCUGAAGGAUGAUGGAGUCAGAGUGUUUGUUAUAGCUAUAGGCGAAGACAAGAACGAUCCAUUACUGAGAGACAUACCAUCUGACCCGAAGGAAGAUCACCUGUUUACUCCUUUAAUUGAAGACCUUGAGCCGAUGCUGCCAGAGAUCCUUGGUGAAGUUCUUGCAGAUAUUGAACCUUGUACGAAAAAUCCUUGUCAAAAUGGAGGAACGUGCAUCCCCUCCGGACCUAGUGUCUACACUUGUACUUGUACCCCUGGUGUAACCGGCGCUAAUUGUGAAACCGAUGUCGACGAAUGCAGUAAUUCCAGUCUGUGUGGAGCCGAUAGAAUGUGUGUCAACACUUAUGGGAGCUUCCUUUGUCUUUGUACAGAAGAUAAAUACGGGCCACACUGCAAUUACACCUGCGAGUCUGGCAUUGAUUUGGUAUUUGCUGUUGACGGAUCUACUUUUGUUGGAUCGAGCAAUUUCCGCAAAUCGUUGGAAUACGCAAGAGCUGUGACUAGUUCCCUGAAUAUUUCUGAAUCUGCAACUCACGUUGGUGUCACAGUCUAUGGGAAGGUUGGACAAGCGGCGGUCUCCCUCAAGCAGUAUUAUGACAAAAGUAGUCUAACAAAAGCCAUCUCCAACGUAUCCUAUCCUAACGGGUUUGCAAGACAUCUUGGAGAGGGCUUGAAUCGUUCGAAAACGCACCAGUUUGACGUGUCAGGCCGUUCUACUAAGCAAGUCCUGAUAGUGUUGAUUGGUGGGAAGUCAGAUGACGAUCCGACAGUUGCUGCCUACGAGCUCUUGAAUUCUGGCACUGAAGUGUUUGUUCUAGGAUUGGGAAGCACCAACUCCUUAUCACAAUUAAAUCAAGUUGCAUCUGACCCGGACAGUAAGCACGUUAUUCUUAAGGAAUACGAGGGUCUUGCCGCCUAUGUAAGACAAACAAAGAUGGAAGUUUGCCAGGUUGCGAAUCAGUGUUCCAGUAAUCCAUGUCAGAACAAUGCGGAGUGCAAACACGCUGGAUCAACAUUCACCUGCUCUUGCACGGCUGGAUUUACAGGAGAUCUAUGUGACAAGGAAGUAGAUCCAUGCAACCCAACUCCAUGUCAGAACGGAGGGACUUGUAGUUUGACUUCUAACGGAACGGACUACUCGUGUACCUGUGCACCGAGUUUUACUGGAAAGAACUGUACAACUGACAUCGAUGAAUGUUCCGACCCGAAAUUAUGCAAAAACGGUGGUUUGUGCCAGAAUAAAGAAGGGGGAUACACGUGCAAUUGCACCUCCUCCUUCUCAGGAAAGAAUUGCGAAUUUGCUUGUAGCUACCAGAAAGUGAACCUCGCAUUUGUCGUCGAUGGAUCAGCUAGUGUUGAAUUACAGGGAGCUGGUAACUUCGGCAAGCUGAAAGAGUUUGUCAAGAGACUCGUUGGCUCAUUCAAGAUAAGCACCGACGAUGCACACAUUGCGCUAGUGAUGUACUCAACAACCGCCAAGGCAGAGUUUACUUUAAACAAGUUCUCCAGCGUUUCAGAUGUGCUUGCGGCGAUAGACGCGUUGACAUACCCAUCAGGGUCUUCUUAUACUGGCAAAGCGCUUGAGAUGACCAAGACUGAGAUCUUUGACAAAGCCCCAAGGAAAGAUGCACUGAAUACUGUGAUUGUGAUAACUGAUGGUGAAUCGCAAGACUCAGUGUCAAGUACAGCUAAAGUUUUACGCGAUUCUGGUGUAACGGUUAUAAGUGUCGGUGUGGGCUGCUGUUCGCCUAAGAAAACACUUGAAGAAAUGGCGUCUAGUCCAGAAUAUGUGUUUACAAGUGCGUUUGAUGAUCUAGCUUUGAUUGAAGAGAACAUCAGGGAGAAGAUAUGUUUGGGUAAGUUCAUAGGUCUUUCUUUGAGCCCUUACUAG